GGGGCUUACGUGGCCCAGGCUCUGCUAGAAGAUGGGACCUUCAAGGUUUGCGCAGUGACACGGAGCCCCAUGAAGAGAGAGGCCGAGGAGCUGAAGCAGAGGGGAGCUGAGGUCAUGAAGGUGGAACAGGACGAUGAGCCAUCACUGGAGCUGGCAUUGGCAGGUGCUUACAGAGCCUUUGUUGUAACUUCUGGGACCACUGCAGCAGAGAAAGAAAUCGCACAAGGAAAGCAGCUUGCUGACCUGUCAAAGUGCCUCGGUCUGCACCACGUUUUGUACAGCGGCCUGGAGAACGUGAAGCAGCUGGCAAGGGGCUGGCUGGAAGUGCUGCACUUUGAUGGCAAAGGUGUGGUGGAGUACUUCCAGAAAGUCGGUGUUCCUACCGCAACCAUCUGACUGCCGUUCUACUUGGAGAACUUCCUCUCCGUCGUCAAGCCACAGAAGGUCCCACAAGGAGAUACUUUUGUACUGGCACUGCCCAUGGGGGACACUCCCAUAGAUGGGAUGGCAGCGGAGGACAUUGGGCCUGUCAUGCUUUGCCUGCUGAAGUCGCCGGAGGAGCGCACAGGCCAAGUGAUUGAGCUCAGCACUGGCAAGCUCAACGAGGCAGAGUACGCCACUGUCCUCUCCCAGCAGGCGGGCAAGACCAUGGAAGCCAGCAAGAUCUCACCAGAGGAAGAUAAGAAACGUGGCUCCCCUGGGGCCAAGGAAAUGGCCACUAUGUUCCAUUUCUAUGCCCUGAAGCCAGACCGCAACGUGGACCUGACCAUGAAACUGAACCCCAAGGCCCACACCUUCUGA